AGGAUGGUUUUUUCGAUGGUGAAGGUUGAUCGAAAAUGAUAUUGCAUUCAGUGAGAAAAAGGGGAACAUAUUUUAUAUCAAUAGCUAUUUUGUUAGCCUUACUGUUGAUAACAAUAACAAUUAAGGAGAAACAAAGAAAGGUUAACCUCUUACUAGUUUACAGCCCACUCAUAGGACCAGUUUUUCCCCAUUUUCCGAACGCAAACGAAUAGCUAUCUGCUUUUAUUUUGUUUAAAAAUCUAAUGGAAGUAACCUUCAAAAAGGCCCGACUGGAAAGUAACGAAUAUGAACCAUCACCGGAGGUGGAGGAAAGCGACGAAAGAUCUACUAAACCCGAUGCGUUUGGAUGGUGGGCCCUGCCAGAGCCUGCGCUUUUAAUGGUCUUCGAGCGCCUGAGUGUUGCUGAUCUCCUGAAGGCAAGCCUAUGUUGUCGAAGGUGGCACAACAUUUCCCAGGACGAUCUGCUAUGGCGCCGUAAAUUCCAGGAGCACUUCAGAGCCACUGAGCACAUUCUGCUUAAACCAGGGGCCAAAAGUUGGCGAUCGGAGUACCAACGCCUUUCCAUGCACAUACCCUUUGUCCUGGCGCAGCGACUGGAGCCUACAAUAGAAAAUAACCACGGACACACGCACCAGGUGCUGCAUGUAAGCUUUGCCCACAACGGCGAAAUGUUCGCCACAUGUUCCAAGGACGGCCAUGUUAUAAUUUGGAAUGCUCAGCACCCGUGUACAGAGAAGUACGCACACAACAUGAAGCAGUUUAGCUGGAAGUAUUCCCAGUACUCGCAGUUUAAUCAGAGCGACACCUUGCUCCUAGUCUCCGGUGUCCAUUUUGGCUCGCCCCAAUCCACAUCUGGGGAGAUUGCUGUAUUUUUUUUGGGGGCAACUGAGUCACACCUACGGUGCCGUGUUGUUAACCGUCCAUAUGACAUUUUUGGUACUUGGUUCAGUGACCAAUAUUUAAUCUCAGGCGACUUGCACUGGCUGGCUCAUCUUGUGAGCACCUCGGUUCUGUGGCUUAACAAGGCUAACCAGGAAAUUGACUCAGAACACGUUCCCAUCAUGAACCAGCUAUACAAGUUCUAUAACAGGAACGCCAGUUCGGUGAGAGCAAUAAUGGUGGCCAGGUGUCCGUGGCUGGAUGAGAGCAACGAUCCCCUGGCUACAGUGGCUGAGCAGGAACCCUUCAAUGCGGUGUUUUCACAUCACAAAAGCGAUCAGGGGUCUAUUGCGCACGCCAUUGGCAAUCCUCUGUCCCAUGCAACUAACCUGCAGCGCAAAACGAGCGCUAGUACCGAAGAGUACUACUUUCCGGACUUAAGCGCUCAUUCCAGAUCGCGACAUGGAGAUUCUACCAUUCACUACUUGAAGGAAUACAGGGAAGCUGUUGACUCCGUCAUUGAACCGAACGAAGACAAUGAAGAGGAUAACGACGCUAUGGAUGUACAAGAAGUGUUCGACGAGAUGGAGAACCAUUUGCCAAAGUAUCUCAUUUUUUCAACGGGUUCUAAGACCUUUACGCCGCAUCAAAUCGGUUUCAAGCGCAUACAUAACGUAUUCUUUCCUAAAAAGCUGGAUCCUGGACCAACUCUUAAAGAAAGAAUAGCUGCAAAGCGGCACGCAGAGCAAGAACAGGCCCCUCGCACUGAUCCUGAUUGGUGGGAUUACGAGUCUGUCAAAGACAGGUUUGAUAAGGUGGACAAAGUGAUCGAUCUGCACGGUCAUAUUAUUGGUAUGGCUCUCAGCCCAGACCAUCGGUACUUGUACGUCAACACACGUCCCUGGCCGAAGAAUUACGUGAUCACUAACCCUUUGGAGCCGCCACCGAUAGCCCAAGAAAUAGACAUCCACGUGAUCGACCUAAUGACACUUAAGCGGGUAGGUAACAUGCUACGCGCCCACAAGGCGUACACGCCCAGCACGGAGUGCUUCUUUAUCUUCCUUGACGUAUGCGACGAGUACGUUGCCAGUGGUGCAGAAGAUCAGCACGCUUACCUCUGGGACCGAUACUAUGGUAUCAGCCUGGCCAAGUUUAAGCACUCGGACGUGGUUAACAGUGUCGCCUUUAACCCGCGCGACUCUGAGAUGCUGGUAACCACAAGUGACGAUUACACUAUUAAAGUCUGGCGCUCACGUGCAAAAGCUAAGGAGUUUAAUAUACCAAAUAACGUCAGCGAAUCAUUUAAACUUAAGCCCAAUAACUUACCGCAUCUUAUUUAAAACUUCAACAGCCCAAAAAUACAGUUUUUUUUGUAGAUCCAA